AUGGCAGUUCUGUACAAGCAGAGAGAUAUGUGGAUACCGGCGUAUGUCAAACAUAUAUUUUGGGCAGGGAUGCAGACGACUCAGCGGGUUGAAAGCAUAAAUAGUUUUUUCGACGGGUACCUGAAGAAGAACACGAGAUUCUAUCAGUUUGCUCCUAGAUAUUGCAAGGCCAUGGAGAGUAGGGCGAAUGAUGAAAGAGCUGCGGAUGUGAAUUGUAGCCGUUUUACAAGGCCUUUGGUUGGGGAGUUUGCGUAUGAGAGAAAAUGUCAUAAAGUAUAUAUGGAUGCGAAGUUUGUUGAAGUUCAGGUCCAGUGCACACGGGUAUGUUAUGUGACCCCUGUUAGUAAAAAAGACAUUUCUGAUGUAGAGGUAGAGCAUACCGUCUCCGAUAGAGUGUGGAUAUGGUCGAAGUUUUUAAAAAAGGAAAUAUCUUUGGGUGGCCCUAAGCGUACUUAUGUGGUAUUGUUCAACAAAGAAACCUUAUUUGGGAAGUGUGACUGUAAAUACUUUGAGUGCCACGGCAUUGUUUGUAGGCAUAUAAUAAAAGUGUUAGACAUGGAGAAUGUGGUAACAGUUCCUGCAUCAUACAUUAUGGAUCGAUGGAGGAAAGAUAUUCAACGUAAGCACACCCUUGUGAAAGGUAGCUUAUCAUGA